ACGCUUUUGGCCAAACCCAUUUAUUGCAGCGUUGAGCAGAAAUGAAGCAAAUGACACAAAUAAGUUGUCUCUUAUGCGUUGCUGGUCAUGCUCUAUUUGAAUUAUUGAUUGAUUCGCGCGCUCUCUCUCUAUCUCUCUUUCACCUCCCUUAGUUCUUUUUGUUUUGUGUUGUAUUUUUAUGCUUAAACGUUUCAUUUCUUUAUCUUCUGCUUGUCAGAAGAAAAAGUUGAAUAGUUCUUCCAUGCCUCCGAAAUCUUCCAAAAGCUCAAAAGCUACAAAAACUGCCACUGAUAAACAGGUAAUGAAUUUGGAGGUUAAACCUGUCAUCUGUCAUUUAUGAUUUUGUGAAUGGUUUUCGCGGUGACAGAGGUAAUUUUGAAGAGGCCGAGAAACUGAUUGCCCUGAUAGUGAGGAGUAAACAAGAGAGAUGGCUGCCAACAGCUGUGGCUCGAAGAAACAGAAGCUUAACAACUCAGCUAGUGUCGCUUGUAAUGGAUCGACAUCUAAUGGUCUCAAAAAUGGGACUGUUGCCUGCCCAGAAAUGUGCUUCUAUUGCUUUGAAGUGCUGAAUUCAUAUCUCAAUUGCUCACAAGCACCCAAAGCUCCUGACUUCUGUAAUGAGCCGUUCCCAAUCUUCGUGACAUGGGAAACUGCAAAGGAUCGUCGCCUGAGGGGCUGCAUUGGUACUUUUAGUGCGAAGAAUCUUCACGUUGGACUUCAAGAGUAUGCAGUGACAAGUGCCUUGAAGGACUCUCGUUUCGAUCCUAUUACUCUGGAAGAACUUCCAAGGUUGCGAGUAUCUGUGUCGAUUUUGUGUCAUUUUGAAGAGGGCUCUGAUUACCUUGACUGGGAGCUUGGUGUCCACGGCAUCAGCAUAGAAUAUUUCAGCGAUAAAGGUGUCAGACAUUCAGCAACUUAUCUUCCUGAAGUAGCCACCAAACAAGGCUGGGACCAGAUGCAGACAAUUGAUUCCCUCCUUCGUAAAGGUGGAUUCAAAGCUACAGUCACUCCAGAAGUGCGUAAUGCAAUUAAAUUGACUCGCUACAGGAGUGAGAAGAUAUCUGUUACAUAUUCUGAAUACAUGGACUAUUGCCUUCUUCAUAGUUCAAAAUCCACUGAAAAAUGUGCAUCGGAUUCUGAAGAAGAUUCCUCAGAGAUGCCAAAUGACAAGCAAGGACAACAGAUUGAUGGGGCUGAAACUGGGGGUGAUGGGGUUAUUUCAUUAACUAAAUCUGGCGAUGUAGCAGUUAAGAUUCAUGCAAAGCCUGGAGCAAAGAAAAAUGGCAUUACAGAUAUUAGUGAGGAAGGUGUUGGCGUUCAAAUAUCUGCUCCACCUGUAGAGGGUGAAGCCAAUACUGAGCUUGUUCGAUACAUUGCUGAAAUUCUUGGACUCAGAAAAGGAGACAUAAGUUUGGACAAGGGUUCACGAUCAAGAAAUAAGACAAUUUUAGUGUCCAAUGGAAAAUUAUCGGUUGAAGAAAUAACUGAGAAGAUUAAAAAAGAAAUGGGCUCAAGUUAGUGCUUUUAUUUUUCAUUUUUUUUGCUUGAAUUUUCAAGCUCAUUGUGAUGAGAUUUAAAUGUGUGUUACAAUGUUACCCUCUAAGCACAGGGGUACCAAAAGUAAUAUCUAUAAAAUUGUCAAAAUAUUGAAAGCGUGUUGAUGUUGAAAGAUAAUAAACCAGGUGCCAAUCAUGAUCAGUGCCUUUGAUUUUGUGAAAUGGUUGAGAAACAACUGCCAUUUGAUUACUUUUAAUUGUAAUGUAACCUUGUUUCAAUGAAAUGGCCUAAACACUCCUAUCUCAGGCUUGUUUUGUUUGUUGUAGAAGUUUCAUUCUAUUUACUGAUCCAGGAUUUUGUCAAUUGAUUGGUUUGGUAUUUUACCUUUCAAGUUGUUGACAUCUCUCAAAUGUUCUUUACCAGAAAAAAAAAAUUAUUGGUCUCUAAGAUUUAAGUUGAUUCCGAACUGUCAGGUGACUUGGACAUUGUCUGUUCAUGUUUCAUGAAGCAAAGUUUUCAGUAUUCUUAAAGUUCUCAAUGAUAUUUUAUGCUGUGUAGGCUUUUCUUAAUUUUUGUUUUUGACAUUCAUCUGUAUUUUGAGGAAAGUAGAAAAAACUGUAGCAGUUAACAGUUCCACAGAUUUCCCUUUCCAGCUGUUUGCUUUUCUUUGGCUAUUUUCGAUGGUGCAAGAUUGCUCAAUGCACUUCUGACAUUUCCCUCUCAAUGUGGCACUGGGUGUAAUGAAUAAACUCAUAAUUAUUUAUGUAA